UGAACUCAGAGAGCCAAGAGCGCCACCACCAAAUUAACACACCUACAAACACUCAUACAAAAAAAAAAACACUUUAAACACAUAAUUAACCAUGUCUCGCAACGGGAGCAGUGUUAUGAUCAGUCCUGUGGUGCAAGGCAAGUUCCAGCAGGGCAUCAUGAACGGCAUGCAGAACCGUGACAUUGGCAACAGUACAAGUGUCCCUGUGUCUGGCUCCAGCUUCAAUGGCACUUCCUUCCUCAGUGGUAACUCCGUAAAUGCACCACCAGCUCCAGAGGUUCCAAGUUACUCUAUUACAGGCAUCGGAGGAGAUGCGACCUUUUAAGUGCUGGCAUACAACGCCAGGAGGGCUACACCAAAAUAAAACCGCUUAACAGCGUGUUGUAAUAAUCCUAUAUCCAUGAGAUUGAAUAAAUCAUGGGCCUAGCUGGUAGUAAGCUUAAAUGGCCUGCUAAUCUUCUAUCUUCUAUC